AUGUCUAAUAAUUAGCAAUAUAAAGAGCAUCUUGAGAAAGCUUAACAAAACUUUUAAAGUAAUGAUGAAGGAGGAGGUGGAGGGUAAUAAAGAAACUAAAUUGGUUAGUAAGUAGGAGGAAAAGCUCGAAAUAAUUAGCAGGCAUAGAUCGAUCAGUUUCAACGUUUCUUGAAUUCAUAAGGAGGAGAAUAAUAUUACAGUAGAUAAAAAAGGAAGCCAUAAGGAUAAGGCAAGACAAUUGAAAAUUUAAUUAAGAGAAUCUUUUAAUCUACUGCUAAAUUUGAAGAAUUCAAUAAAUUAUGCUAAUAGUAGAAGAGAUCAAUAUGUUCAAAUAUGAUAGGCAAAUCUGAUUUAUAUUUUUAGUGCUUUGAUUGUAACAAAGAAAACCAAGACACCAUACUUUGCUAAUCUUGCUUUGUUAAAGGAUCUCACACUUACCAUAAAGUAGUUUACUUUAAUGAUAUGGAUGAUGGAGGUUAAUGUGAUUGUGGAGAUGCUUCGUAGAAGUACCCUACUUUUUGCGAAGAUCAUCCAGUAAAAAAGAAAGAAACUGAACACGAAAAAUAAAGAAUGUUAGCUUUGAUUUCUCCUGAAAUUAGAGAAAAAAUAACUGAAUAUUUUGAGUAGGAAUUUAUUAAGGUUUUUAAAGCUUUAGACACUGCAAAAUCUGGCCAAUGCUUCUCAAUUUCUUAAGACAUAUUUUAAUUGUUAAAUAAUAUGAUUUAUUUAAUGAAUAAUCGAGUUCCUAUGAUAUAUUUGAUAUCUGAUUUGCUUACUAAGCAUUUAGAUUUCUAGCCUGCAUCAUAUGAAAAGCAUAUUCAAGAUUAAAUCAUCACUAUCAACCAAUCUCCGUAUCCCAGUUUCCUUUCCAAAAACAAAAAAACCAGUAAAAAGAAACGUUAGUCUAAAGAAAUAAAAGAUGAAAACAAUUCGUAAAAUAUAACUUCAUCUUAAAACAUUUACUAAUCUAGUUCGACUGGACUAGCUCAAGAAGAUGGAAUAUUUGGGUCUUAAUUUAGUUUAUCAAGCAGGUUUCCUUAAGGAGCAAUUAAUUUUAAAGAAAAUAGCAGUACCAAAUAAAUUAAUAAUAGUGGAAUUUAAAAUAACUUGUAGAGGCAAGAGGGAGAUAAUACUUUAUUGCAAUAAAUGACUUCAAGUAUUGGUGGGUUAAUAAAUUAAUAAAUGAUAAACUAAAAUAAUGGAUUUAAUUUAAAUGAUUUAUCAUAUUUAUUCUAGCAGCAAUAAAAAAGCACUCUAGAAAAUGCUUUAACGGCAAACUAAUAAAUUUUAUCUAAUUCUACUGCUUCUUAAAAUUAUUUCGCUUAAGAUAAUUUCUUUCCUCAGAAUUCUGAUCCUAUUCUUUAAGCUUCAGUAGUUAGUAGUAGUAAUUUAGGAGGUAUUACAAGCUUGAACAAUUUAUCAGAUAUUUAAGUAAGUUAAAAUCUAAAUUAGCAUAAUUAGUACGGAUAUAAUAAUACUGCUACUCCUACAACACCAUACAAUACUGGAUUAAAUAUGAGUUAGUAUAUUUAUGCAUCACCUUUUAUUACUAAUAUUGGAGGAAAUAUUAUGUAGACUCCUUUUGCUUUUUAGUAAAUGGCAUCUCCUUCCCCUUUCUGGACUUACAGCCCAUAUAUUCCUCAAUAAAUUCCUUAAUUUGGUAAUAAAUAAGAUUAAAAUUUUGUCUUAAAUUCUUCUAAUUUAGCUUCUUCUACACCAGCUUAAGUGAAUUUAUUAUCUAACAUAUCUUUGUAUUCUAAUUAGCCAUAGCAGUAAUAAUUUUAUCUUCCCCCACCAAUGUAGCUAUUGUAGGAGCAAACUAUUGAAGAAAGUAACAAUCUUCCAUGUUUUGCAUAAUCAAAUAUAAUUUAAGAAUCAUCUUUAUUAACUGCUCCAUCACCAAUUUAGAAACUAAAUAAAGAAAAUUUAAGUUAUUAAAAUUUAGAAAAUUAAACAUAGCAAGUUAAUCAAUAGUCACAGUAGUAGUAAUAAACAAAACCCAAUCAGGAUAUUCCAUUAUAAUUAAAUGAUGCAAAUAUUGAAGUUUAAAAUUAGAACCAAGAUAAUAAUAAUAAAAUAAUUGAAGAAUCUUAAAAUAAUAAUCCUAAAUAAAAUAACAAUCUUUCGGGUAGUAUAAAUAUUUUUAAAUUUUUGAGUUCAAGCAGAGUAAGUUUUGGAUUAAACGAUACCUCAUCAAUACUUUGUAACUAAUAAAGGCAAGAUCUUAAUGAUGAUUUCAAAGACUAAAAUGAAAAUGAUACUAGAGAAAAGAGAAUCUCAUUUUCUUAGCCACUAUUUAAAUAGCAAAGUUAUGAUUUAUCAUAGAAGGAUCAAUAAAAAAAUCAGCUUUAGGUGGAGGGAAUUUAGUAAAAAAAAGAUUAAAAUAAAUCAAAAAUAUUUGAAGAAGAUGAUAAUUUAAGCGAGCUUUAAUAAUUUAAAUCAUAAACUUAAAAAAAAUUUGUAGAAUUUCCAAGUGUUCCAUAAACUCCUAUUGCUGCUAAUUAAAAUACCCCUAAAGAUAAUAAUUUAUUUUAGUAACCUUUUUAAAUAGACAAUUCUAAUUUUUAGUUUACAAAUUCUUAAACAAAUACUAAAAAAUGGGUUGAAUUUCCUUAAUUAACAGAAUCCACGAGUAAAGAUUAAAUUAAAGAAAACUAAAUAAAUUUAGUUUAGCCAAGUGAUAAUAAACCUUUAAUUUCAAGCAAACAAACGUUAAAUAAUUUUUAAUCUUAAUCUUCAAAUGUGAACACUCAAUAAAUAAAUGAAUUAUAAAACAUUUAUUCUGUAAAAAGUGUAAUAAAUCAAAUAGAAAAUUAAUCUCCUUCAGAUUCAAACGAUUUAAAUAUUUAAUCAAAUCAAAACGAUAGUGAAAACGCAUCUAAGUCUUCUUAAGAUUAAAAUAAUAUCCCAAACACAAAGGCCGUCUCUAUAAGUGGAAAUUUGAGAGAAUAAUUAUAAUAAAAUAACAAAAUAGAAGUGGAAUCAGAGGAAGCAUCUUAAAGCCCUUCAAAACAAGAUAAAGAAACUUUAUAAUUCACUAUUUAGCAAAAAAAGCACUAAUAGUAGAUAAUAAAUUAAAUUUUGAAGCGCAGAGCUACUCUAGAAAUAGAUGAUAUUCUGGGCGGCGAUAAAUAAAAAUAAGAUAAUGAGCUAACUUCAAGAAAAAAAUAACAUACUGAAGAUUAAUUUGAGACAUAAAAAAUUUAAAAUACAGAAAUAACUCUAUUUAAUUAAAAGAAAAUCUAAACAUUAUCAUAAAAUAAUUAAGAAAUUGAAAUCGAAUAAGACAAGCAAGGGAAAUUAGAAGAGCAGAAAGAGUAAAACCUUGAAAAAAUCUAAUCUGAAAAAUCCUAAUUAGAUUUAGAGUCUGAGAAAGAGAAAUGGUGUCUUUUAGAACUUCUAUUUCUUUAUUAUCCAAAAUACUGUAAUGAUCAAACAGAUAAAAAUCUACAAAAAGUUAUUAUGAUUGCUUUUUUAGAUUAAAUUUUUCGUCCUCUUCUGGUUAAGUUUUACUCAACUUACUUUGAUCUAAUAAUUGAAACUAGCAAGUUUGAGUUUUAUUUGUGGAAAAUUUGCUUUCAGUUCUUUAAUGAAAGUUUAGAGAGUGACUUUGUUAUUAACAAUACAGUGAUGAUAGAAAAAGUAGUUAAAGGUGUUGAAGAAAUAACUUAGGAUUUUAAAACAAAAAAUUAUGGACAAACUAUCAAUAAAAGAAAAAUAUUAGAGACAAUUGUUCUCGCAUUUUUGUAGUAAAGAAAUGCUAAAUAUUAUGGAAGGACAAAUAGAAAAUUACUACAAUUAUAUUUAGAAAGCAUGAGCUAAAGCAAUUUAAUGACUCAUAUAAGCUUUGAUCACAGCUGUGAAUAUUUAAACUUCGAGGCAAUAUUAACUAGAAUUUCAUAGCUAAUAAAUAGAAACGUAAGAUCAAUUUAUCACAUAGAUUCACAGACAUUUAUCCACAUUUCAUAGUCUAUCUUAAACUAACUAAAUAAUUUUAUAAAUGGCCCUUUAUUUAUAGAAUUUGUCCUUUAAUUUAGUGUUCCUAGUGUUUAGCAUUUGAAGAAAAAAGAUGAUGGAUAGGAUGCAGAAAAAAUUUACCCUUUUUUCAAUAACAAGGUAAGAAUUUUUUUAAUAUAUUUUGCUUAAUUUUAUGUAGAAUCUACUUCUCCUGUAGCUUCGCAAGUUUCUAGCUUCACUGUCUCUUAGCAAAACCUCAAUAGUAAUUAAUUAUAAAUGCAAGGUUCAUCAAGAUAAUCUUUCACUAAUAUUUAAGCUAAUCCUUCUUAAUAUCUAGGCAGGUUAAGCUUUUGUUCAGGAACAUAGCUUGAUUCUUAAAAUAAUUCUAAUAACUCUCAAAGUGUUUCACCAGAUAACCUUGGAGAAAACUUUGAAUUCUAUACUCUAAUUAAACAAUAUUUACCAAAUGAAUAUGGUAGUAAUGAAUCUAUUGAUAAUUUAUUGAUUAAUUUGACAGGAUACUUGACUAAGGUUUUGUACUUUGUUGAGUUAAAAGAAAGAAACUACGACUUAAAUGACCCAACAGCUCAUUUACUCGCUGAGGAGGAAGGCUAUGAUAAUCCUAAUUCAGAACUUACAUUACUAUAGUUAUACAAAAGCUCAAAAUUAUAUGACUACGAUUUUUCUUGCCUAUAAUUUAUAUUUACUUUGAUUCCUAAUAAUAGCUUAACCCUAUAGGCUAUGUGGUAGGCAAUUUAAUCUUUAAUAAUUAGGGAAAAAAAUACUAAGCAAUAACAGCUGCAUUUAUUUGAUUUAAGUGUCGAAAAAAUAAUUUCUGAUCCAGUCUGUCAAUUAAAUGUUGAGUAUUUUCUGUUUACACUUUGCAAUAUUUGUAUCAAUAGCAUAUCAUUGCUAAAUGCAUUAUCUCCAAACUAAAAAUUAUAGAAUGUGUCUUGGAUGAAGCAAUCAGUAGAAUUCGCAGUUAUUAUGUCCUUCUUUGAUAAACCACUACAAGACUUUUACUAAGUAAAGGAAAAUUUAAAAGAAAGAUUUGAAAUAAAUGUGUAAUAUUUAGAUCUUGAGGGAUGUGUCUCUAAAGUAGCUGAAUGGGAUGAAAAUCAUAAAAAAUUCAGGUUGAAAAAAGAAUUCUAAAACAUGUUUGAACCAUAUUAUGCUGAAAGGAAUAGAGGCUUAGCCAAUGACAUGUACUAAACUUUAAAGUAAUAAAUGUAAAAAGAUUUUUAGAGUGAUCUCAUUUUAGGUAACAUGCUAGAAUUUAUGGAGACAAAGAGGUGCCAUAAUGAAAAAAAGAGUAAAAGAAAUAUAUUUUCAUCAAACUAGUCUCUGCUUUUGAGAAAUAUCAAUUUUUUACAAUUUUUGAGUAAGAUUUGUGAAAACCUUUAAGAAAUUUCAGCUAUAAACAUGAACAUUGCGAAACACGCUGUAAAACUUCUUUAAAUUAUAUUUAUUAGGAGUUCUAUAGACCGAAAGAAUCACUAAAUAAUUAACUAAAAUUAAGAUAAGAGUAGUUAAUAGGGCUAUAAUACGUAAUAAGCUGCCAUGAAUAAUAGCUCUCAAUAAUAAUAAUAAUCCUAACAAAGUGUCAAUGGCUUAUUGCAAGAAGAUUUAUAUCUCUUUAGGCUAUUUGUGUCAAAUUAAAAGAUAAAGGAGUAACUCACAAAUUAUAGUUCAGGUAAAGAAGAUGAUCUAAAAAGGUCAACUAAAAAGAUAAUUAACAUUUUCAAUGCAUUUUAGGAUAUUUAUUAGAAGGAGAAUUCAAUUAUUUUGAUGUAAAUUAGGCGCAGGAAUUCUUCAGUUGAUGAAGAAAAUAAGAAAUCUGAAAUAAAAAAUUAGUAAUAAAGAAUUAUGGAAGAAUUCCGCAAAAAAUAAUAAAAUUUUCUUUAGAAAAGUAACAGCAAUAAUGUUAAUAAAUUGGCUAAUAAUAAUUUAUCAUCUAGCGUUUAAACAAAUUAAGAUUUAAUUUGUUCAAGCUAAUCAAUAAGCUAAAUUAAAUAAAAUGAUGCACUAAGGAUUACCUCUAAUCCUUCCUUUGCUUGCUUGAUGGAUUAAAAUGACGAAGCAAGUAACUUCUAAGUUUCUGAUAUAAACCUACAUAGCUCUCACGAUAUUUAUAAAGCAAAAAGAUCUAAUCCUCCUUUACCACCAGAAUGUUUGAUAUGUAGGACAACAUCUACUGAAAGAAGUGCAGUGCUUGUUAUACCAUGCUAUUUAGCUCCAGACAAUUUAUUUAAUUACUUCCUUAAAGAAUCGUUUUGCAAUGCUAGAUUAUAAACAGUUUAGUAGCAAGACGAUGCUAAUGCAUCAAAUUUAGAUGUAAUUCAAAAUUAGAUAGAUUUAAAGAAAUCAAAAUUUUCUUGGAGUUUCACAGGUUGUACUCAUCAAGUCCACUCAAAGUGUCAUCUCGAUGCUUAGCAAAAUCUUUCUAUAAAAAAGAAAGCUCGUUCAAAUCAUGAAAAUAAACUUAAUCUAAAUGAGAGUUUUUGUGCUCAUUGUAAAAGCUUAUUAAAUAUUCGUUUAAUAAAUAUUGAGUAUUUCUUAAAUUCAUAUGAUUUUUCAAACAUGAUAGAAAGGUUGAAUAAUUCUCCUUAACUUAUAAGAACUGAAAGCAGUUAAAGUUUAGCUGCUGUCCAAUAAGCAGAAGCCAUAAAAGAGAAUAAAAUGAAUCAUAAUAAUUAAAUAGAUUAAAACAGUAGUGAUAAAGGAUUAAAUAAUAGCAGAGAUAAUACCAAGUUAGCAAAUUCUAACAAUACUCCAUAAACAGGUUAUUUAAGCUUGCCUGAAAUUAUUCAAGAAGUAACAAUGAUCCAAGAGGAGUUAGUAGCUCCAAAAAGCAUCCGAAAUUAAAUAAGAGAAGAUAUAGACGAACAAUGUAAAUAAGAAAUAGAAGAUCUAUUCAGUUAACUUCGCAAAGAAAUAGAAAUGGUUUCAGCUGGAGAAGAUUUAGGAACGAUAUUCUAGAAGUGCGCUUACUUCAUGUCUGAAAGAUAUUUAAACAAAGAUGUAAUUAGUUACAUUUAAAAAGAGUUGCCAAUGAGUAAAUCAGUCAUUCUCAACUUUGCUGUUCUUCUUUAACAGAAUCCACCUUCUAUGAUGGCAAUUAAGUAUAUAAAGAAUCGUCUUAUUGGUAAAUUACAAAGCAUGAAAAAUUUAAACCAUCUCAUUUUAAGAUAACUUGAUAAAAACGAUAGUAUUGAUGAAAUCUUUGUAGAGAUAUUAAUAGAUGUACUUUAUAUCGGAUUUUUAUAUGAUCCUCUGUAAUAGAAAACAGCAAAUUCGUUUUCUAUUUAUGAAGAAAAGGGAAGGUAGAGACCAAGAGAUGGAUUCGAGUGGACUUUUGUAAUAGUAACAUCUUUGCUAAAAAUUAUAAAAAUGAAUGUAGUAAUUUAAGUUGCAUGUCUCCUCCAAGCUUCUACCUCCUCUUCAUUUGAUUAAAAUCCUUAAUAAAUCAUAGGAUUUACAAAUAUCUUGGAAUCAAUCAAAGCAAAUUCAUAGUUCAGAGCAAGUUUGUUUAACAUGGUGCGUCCAUUCAUUUAAAUGCUUGUUUGUUUCCUUCUUACUGUCUUUCCUUUCAGCUAAACUCAAUUAGAGCUUCUUUAGAAGAACAUACUUUUAGAUGAAGACGAAUACGUGCACUAUGAGAAUAUUCUUUCCAAAGAGUUUAUGACUAUAGACCCAAUAUAAACCAUUUAAGUGACUGGAGGUGAACUUUUUUUGAAGAACUUCCUUGAAAUUUUAUAAAAUAAAGAAAUUUAAGCAAAACUCUAAUAAUUUUUCAUUCAUAAUCCUUUCAGAGAAUUUAAAUUAGUGCAAUUACCUCUAUCAUAUUCAGAUUUCCAUAAAGCAUACUUCUUUAGAAAAUGUUCCUAAUGCAACUUCUUCCCAAAAGUAAAAGGAUCUGAUUUACAUAUAUGUCUUAUCUGUGGUGAAGUAUUAUGCAGCUAUAAAUGCGCACCUAAAUAAUAAUCAAAUUAACCCAAAAAAAAAUAAAAGCUUAUAAAUAACUCCGAACUGAACAAGAUAAGUAUGAUGUAAAUCGAAUAGGAAGAAAUAUAAAAUGAUAUUUAUGAUAAAUUCUUUAGUAAUUUAGAUUCAUCAGAUUUUGAUUAUGAUCCUGGUAAUCUAUCAAGACAUGCAAUCUAAAAGCAUUGUGGAAAAUCUGCAUUCUUAAACAUACAGCGCACCACUUACAUACUUAUUGACUUUCCUAAAGCAAUUUAAUUCCAUACAAAAGUGUUUGCAAAUAGAAUAGGUAUUCCAUUUUUGACAGGAAAGCCAUUGAUUGACUGGAAUAAAUAUUUUAUCGAUAAAAAAUUAAUUGAUCAUAUUACAUAGAUAAUACAAGAUAGACAAUUAAGCUAGUACAUAAGGCAUUAGUUAAUGAUUAAACAGUCAGAAAAUGCUCCAAAAACAUUUAAUCUUAUGACAUAGCUACCAUGA